UCAACCUGUGAAGGUGCUGCUGAGUCUGUUUGGGGACAACAGGGGAGGACUGUGACCAAUAGCAGUCGCGAUGAGAGCAACAGCUGCAGGACGAUUUUUCAUAUGCUGAUAAAAAUGAUCAACAAGUCUCGAUGGAAGAUACUUGGAGUAUUGGCAAUAUUUUUGGUGAUGGUGGGGUAUAUAAUAUCCCGGGAGGAAAGGUACAUACAGCUUUUUUAUUUCCCUGUGCAAGAUGACAAGGUGACCUGUCCGCUGGGGGAGGUGGAAAGGAAAGCGGCGCAGCUGAUAGCAAAUUACACACGGGAUCAUCCGCUGUUUUUACAGCUGAAGGAUUACUUCUGGGUAAAGACCCCUUCGCUGUAUGAACUGCCAUAUGGUACUAAAGGAAGUGAGGAAAUUCUCCUCCGUGUUCUGGCGGUCACAAGUUACUCACUGCCUGAAAGCGUCCAAAGCAUGAAGUGCCGGAGAUGCGCCGUGGUGGGGAAUGGGCACCGGCUCAGAAACAGCUCCAUGGGGGACACGAUUAACAAAUAUGACGUCGUGAUCAGAUUGAACAAUGCGCCAGUUCAUGGUUAUGAGCACGACGUGGGCUCCAAGACCACUAUGCGCCUCUUCUACCCAGAAUCGGCACACUUCAACCCCAAAACCGAAAAUAACCCCAACACCUUGUUGGUGUUGGUGGCAUUCAAACCUAUGGAUUUCCAAUGGAUGGAAACAAUCCUCCAUGACAAGAAGAGACUUCGAAAGGGCUUCUGGAAGCAGCCCCCGUUAAUUUGGGAUGCAAAUCCCGAGCAAAUCCGAAUUCUCAACCCUUACUUCAUGGAAAUAACUGCUGCUAAACUGCUUAAGCUUCCCAUGAAACAUCUGCGGAAGAUUAAACAGAAACCGACCACUGGGUUGGUGGCCAUCACCUUAGCAUUGCACUUCUGUGACUUGGUACAUAUCGCCGGCUUUGGAUACCCAGAUUCCUCCAACAAGAAACAGACCAUACACUACUAUGAGCAAAUCACGUUGAAGUCGAUGGCUAGUUCGGAGCACAAUGUCUCCCACGAAGCUCUAGCGAUAAAAAAGAUGCUGGAAAUGGGACUCAUCAAGAACCUCACUUACUUCUGAUGUGACAUGGACCACAACGUCUGAGUUGGCUUCUAGGCCAA